GGGCAAAAAUCUCUACAAUCAUUUGACAAGAUAACUUCAGAAGAUUGCAAAUGGCUGGUAAGUUGUUCUUCACGUUGACGUGCUUGACUAUGUUCACAAUAUGUCUGUCGCACAAAAAUCGAAUUCAUAAAAAAUUUGACUUCGAUCAAACGCUCGAAAAGCUCGAACUGACAGAGUUUCGAAGUCUGCUACUGGAAGCAAACUUAUUCAACAAGCUCAAUGACAAAACAACGAGCUACACAGUGUUUGCACCGACUAACAACGCAAUUAAAAAAGCAAAAUCUUUGCUUUCGGAUAAAACUCGGUUGCCCGAGCUUUUGAUGUAUCACGUUCACUAUGGUCCUUUUCCAACAAACAAGAUUGAGUCCAACAUGCGACUGAAGACAUUGCUUGGCGGACAGAAGAAAAUCAGACUCCAAAGAUACAGAGGGGUAAAUUAUGGAUCGUGUGAACCAUUUGACCGUGUGGUGGACUGGACAUACCAAAAUGGUAUCCUACAUACAAUAGAUGGUGUGAUGAAACCGCCCGAAGGCAACUUUUAUGAUAUCUUGAAAGAAAACCCUGCAUUUUCAUCAUUUCUUAAAUACAUAAAACUGGCAGGGUUGCAAGAAACGAUGAAGAAACAAACACCGAUGACACUUCUAGUUCCCAGUGACGAUGCCUUCGCGAAAGUCCCAGAGAGCGUGGGGCAGAAAUUAAAGACAAGCAAUGAGUACUUGGUGAAAGUUCUUCAAUAUCAUGUCGUGAGCAAUUUGAUAUGCUCAUCAGCUUUUGAGACAGGAAAUGCUCCAACAUUCGAAGGAACUGACAUCAGUAUUACGGUCAGCAAGCAGAACGUUGUUUUCAACGAUAAUUCAAAGUUGAUUCAAUCGGAUAUCAUUGCUUAUAAUGGAGUCAUUCAAGUCAUUGAUACGGUUUUGCUACCGCAACAAAAUGAUGACAGUGUAUUACACGAGGCUUUGCGUGCAAGAACACAUGUAAUUAUGGACCGAACAAUUCUUUGCAGUUUGAUAUAUUGUACUCUGUUUUUUGGCGUGUUCCAGUCAUGGGCGAUGGAAAUUCAUGAAGAGAGGACAUCCGAAGCAAAUGAUGAAAUCGGCAAAAAACUCAAUUUUGAUAAAAUGUUGCAAAAGUACAAUUUGACAUCAUUCCGAAGUCUGCUAAUCAAAGCAAAGGUGUUUGACAGACUUAACGUUACUUCAACAAGCUACACUGUAUUUGCACCUACAAACGAUGCGAUCAUGAAAGCAGAAUCUUUGCUCACGAAUGCCUCUCGGCUGCCCGAAGUUCUACUGUAUCACGUCCAUUUAGGUCCUUUCACAACAAGAGAGGUGAAAUCAAACAUGCGCCUAAAAACUUUGCUCAAAUUUCAAAAAAAAAUCAGGCUGGAGAGAUAUAACGGGGUGAUCUAUGGAUCAUGUCAACAAUUCGGCAGUGUACUGGAUCAUACCUACAACAAUGGUAUCCUAGAUACAAUGAAUGGCGUGAUGAACCCACCAGAGGGAAACUUUUAUGAUAUCUUGAAAGCAAAUGCCGCAUAUUCCUCGUUCUUCAAAUAUAUAAACCUGGCACAAAUCCCAAAACUUAUGCAAAAACAAGCACACAUGACUUUAUUACUUCCAAACGAUGCUGCUUUUGCAAAACUACCACCGAACGUUGUGGAAAAAAUGAAGACAAGCUUCGCGUACCUCCUCGGCAUUCUUCGAUAUCAUGUUUUGGAAAGUAUAAUCUGUCGUGUGGCUUUCCAAUCAGGGGUCGUAAAGACAUUCGAAAGCAAAAACAUCAAUGUUACUGUAAGUGACAACGAGGUUGUGUUUAACGGCAAGGCAAAGUUGAUUCAAGCUGACAUCAUUGCCUAUAAUGGUGUGAUUCAAGUUAUCGAUACUGUUCUUCUUCCACCUCAGAAUCAGCUGGAUUUUUGAAGUGUAGGUUUCUUGCUGAACAACGAGUAUUACUAAUUUUUUGUGAAAAUAAGUACCGUUAGAUAAUUUUGUGACACUAAUACAUUAGUAGAUUAUACUGAAGACGUUGAGAGAGAUAAUGAGAGAGAUAUUUCGAUUCAUUAA